CCCUUUCCCUUUCCCUUUCCCUUUCCCUUAGAAGGCAACCGUGACCGCUGCGCCUUCCUCACCAUCUCCCUACGGCCCGUGCUUCAGAGAUGUGCUUGGUUGGCUGGCUAUGGGUAUACUCCAGCUAUACGAGUAGUCCACCUAUACUCCACCUAGCGAAGGGAUAGUACUCCAGCUUGCCGCCGUACUGUCUUGCUACGUACUGUCUGUGCUACUCAUCCUCCCUAGACCUGGCAUAUUUCCCUGCAAGCACGCCCGUUUACUCUUCUUAGCUUCUGGCCAACCCUCAUCUCCCCCGUUUACUACUUUUGGAAGUAUUCGGCGGUGACGUGACUGGGGCGUGAGAUGGGAGGGGGAGGGGGAGGACCGUGAGGAAGGGGAUCACCCCAGCAGAAGUGUGACUCCAAGCCACCCGUAUAAGCAAUACCAGAUUGGGCUAUGAAAAGCUUGGGUUAUGAACAGCUCCCCUCCUCCCCCAAAUAUCUUCUUGGCCCUAUCUUCCAUCUUCCCCAUCUUCCCCAUCUUCCCUAUCUUCCCUAUCUUCCCUAUCUUACCCGCUCGUGUCUCCCUCCUCUCGACCUCGUCUACCCAAAAUAUUCCACCUCUUUUCUCCCCCCCCUUACCUUAUUUCCUACGCUUACUCUCACUUAAUCGCGGCUUCCCGAAUAAACCUUUCUCUCCUGUUUAAUACACACCUGGCAACCUUAAUCUCUCACCUCUCACAGACUAGACUGUCCUCGAGUCUUCCUUCCCACCUAUACAUCUGUCCAGACGACAACUAUUCACCCUAUCUUGAACACGGAUUUUUCACACGGCGUACACGCCGUCCUCACCUCCUCACCUCCUCACCUCCUCACCUCCUCACCUCCUCACCUCCUCACCUCCUCACCUCCUCAUCUCCUCACCUCCUCACCUCCUCAUCUCCGCCUCAAUGUCUAUAUUUCUAUGGGCCACCCGACGGGUGGGAGGCCUCUCAGUCCUCGCAUUGGCCUCCCUACUGUCCAUAUCACUAUACCUCGAGUGGUCGACGCGCAAACAAAAUAUCCAAAAGCCACAAGGUGAUUUCAAAGCGCCGAGCCAUGCCUCGAAUACAACGCCACCCGUUACAAAUGGAGGCUACUGGACUCUCGCUUUCGCAUACUACUCCGUCCUCAUUCAUGCCAUGGUCCUCAUGUUCCCUGUCCGAGCAUGCUUGGCCGUGGGCAGCCUCACGCGCGGUGUGAAGGCCGUUUCGCGCAACAGGAGUCUGCAGCGCUUCAAGUACGGCCCGACGCGCAGGCUUUCAUUCAUGUCUCUCGCCAGUGAUGUGACUCUCACAUCAUCCCUUGCCUCGACCUCGUCUUCCAGUGAUGCCGGAGACUCUGACAUGAUCGACUCCGUUACCGAUGUUGAGUAUGACCAGGAAAAGGUCAUCCAUGCUAUAAUAAUCCCUAAUUACAAGGAGGAUGUGGACGGGCUGCGCGAGACCUUGGAUGUUCUUGCUUCUCAUCCCCAGGCACGAUUGAGUUAUGAUGUAUAUCUUGCAAUGGAGACCCGCGAAUCUGGCGCAGAAGUAAAGGCUAUGGGCCUGGUGUCUGAGUAUAUGAAGAAGUUUCGUUUUAUCUACUUUACGAUGCACCCGAGUGAUAUUCCAGGCGAGGCGCCUGGAAAAGGUAGCAACGCCGCAUGGGCGGCGCGGAAGCUCAGCGAGAGAUAUUCUAUGGAGGAGCGUAGAGAUGUCAUCAUUACUGGAAUAGAUGCCGAUAGCCACCUUUCUUCGAACUACACCGCUUUAAUUACUAAUAUGCAUCUCGAGUACCCGGAGUUGGCACAAACUACACUGUACUCAGCACCUAUCUUAUUCGACAGAAAUGCCCAUCUUGUCCCGACCGUCGUCCGUGUUGCCGAUAUCCUGUGGUGCGCAGCUGGAUUAUCUGGCCUAUACGCCUGUUCAUCUAUCAGACCGCCUACCUCUGUCUAUUCUCUACCUCUGGAGUUGGUAGACCGCGUUGGUGGCUGGGAUUCAGACCCCGAGGCUAUCGGAGAAGAUCUGCACAUGUACCUGAAGUGUUUCUUCGCCCUGAACGGAAACCUGACGAGCAGGACCGUUCUGUCGCCUGUCAGCCAGACCAGUGUGUGCAGCGGGCAGAAGGGACACCGAGGCUUGGUCAUGGAUAUCCGUGCGAGAUAUGCACAAGCUAUGCGCCACAUGUGGGGUGCUUUGGACAGUGGAUAUGCGAUGAGACAGAUGGUUAAGCUGUGGAAGAACAGGAAGACGACGGUGCAUUCCUACAGACCCCUCCACACGACCCUUAACGCAGAGACCGACUACCUCCCCACCCCCGACGAGAAGAUGGAAGAGCGCAAGGCCGAGAACGGCAUCUUCUCCGACGUGACCCACGGCGAUGUCAACUCCCCCGACUAUAUCCGCAUCUUUUAUCUCUUCCACCGCCUCUUCGAGGCCCACUUCCUCCCCACCCACAUGAUCCUCCUCGUCCUCGCCUCCUCCCUCUACACCUGCAUCACCGCCGACAGGCCCGACACCCUGCACAUCGCCUGGACCUUCUCCCUGACCAACUACCUCCGCAUCAUCAGCUUCGGCGGCACAGCCGUCUACCUCAUGCUCUACGAGAGCUACCACGCCACCGGCGCCGGCCUGCGCCUGGCCGAGAUGACUUCCGUCGGGCUCGCGGAGCACAUGGUCUUCUCCUUCCGCAAGUUCCCCGGGAACCUGGUCGAUUACGCGGUCUCGCCCCUGGUGGCGCCGCUGUUUGGGUGCGUGCCGGCGCUUCAAGCGCAGUUUAGCCACUUUUGGACGCAGGAGCUGGUUUAUGCCGUCAGUGCCAAGCCGGAGGUGGUGGGGAGGGUGCGGACGAAGACUGUGAGUGGGGAGGAGUUUCUGAGCGUGUGAGGGUUUCUGAGCUUUGCUGUGAAUUUCUCUUUUUUCUGUAUGCUGGAGUGGGGGAGUUUUUGAGAGGUGAGCUGUAUUUUUGGGGUUGUAAUUUUUUUUUGAGGGCUUUUGUUUUGCUGGUG